CUGCUCGAGGCUUGCUUGAAGCGCAAAUAGGGAAUUUGUGUCGCUUUCCAGAAUUUUCAUAAAGUGAGGUUGAGGUGACACUACUUUUGCACGUGGAUGGUGGAAAGUUAAACUGGUCACGGACCAUCUCUUCAGACGGGUGUGACAGGAGGAUGUGUUUGAGCGGUUUCAUAGCUCGAGGUCGAUUCGAUUGAUCUUCAGCACUAAGAUGUGUUCGAAAUAUUGCUAUAUAUAUAUACGCUUUGCUUCACCCCCGAAUACUAAUCUAUCAGACUUGUUAAUAUAUAGAAUAUCUUAAUUAUGCCUACUUUAUUCGGAAACUUCAAUCUGUAAGUUAAACAUGCCCCCUUCAUCUCCUCAUUACGAGAGCCGCAUUCUAACACCUCCCCCUCUUAGUCCCACCGAUUUCCUCGGCCGCUUCUUGAAAUCACAAUUCAAAAAACUUCCAUAUCCAGAGACCUCGUCUGCGGGCCAAACAGUAAUCAUAACGGGCGCAAACACAGGACUCGGUCUCGAAGCCGCUCGACACAUUGUGCGCCUCAAUGCAGCCCGAGUAAUCCUCGCCUGCCGCAGUCUUUCCAAAGGCGAAGCUGCAAUCAACUCUAUCAAAGCCUCUCUUCCAGAUCACAAAACCAUUAUCGAAGUAUGGCAGGUAGAUCUAACUUCCUAUGCAUCGGUCAAAGAAUUUUGCGCCAAAGUAAACCAGUUGGAUAGAUUAGAUGUACUGCUUGAGAAUGCAGGAUUGGCAGUACCGAAAUAUGAGGAAUUUGAGGACAUGGAAAGUACGGUUACGGUUAAUGUGAUGAGUACUUUUUUAAUGGCACUACUGGUAUUGCCGAAAUUGAGGGAGAGUGCUGCGAAGUUUGAUAUAGUGCCGAGAUUGACGAUUGUGGCUAGUGAUGCGCAUGAACAGGUAAGAUCUUCUCUCCUCUCAUCCUCGAUAGAAUCCUCUACAUAUGAGUUGCCAGGAAUUAUAACUACCUUUCCUAAAACCCUACAAUCAUCAUAAAACCAACCCACAAACACCCCUAAGUCUAACACAUUCCCCCUUUAGGCCCUCUUCAAAGAACAAACCUCCCCCUCCAUCCUUUCAGCACUCAAAAACCCCCAACUCCAACCAGACCGCUACAACGUCUCCAAACUCCUCGAAAUCCUCAUGAUACGCGAACUCGCGCCGCGACUCUCCAAAUCCGAUAAAGAUCAAAUAAUACUCAAUACACUUACACCUGGAUUCUGUCACUCCGAACUUAUGCGCCAUGCUGUAUUUCCUUUGAAUAUUUUUGCUUGGAUUGGUAAAUCGCUGUUGGCGAGAACGGCAGAGGUAGGUAGUAGGACGUUGGUUGCUGCUGCGGCAGCGGGAGUGGAAAGUCAUGGGAUGUAUAUGGUUGAUUGUGAGGUUAGUGAGCCGAGUAGGUAUGUACGGAGUGAGGAGGGGAAGAAUGCGCAGGUGAGGGUUUAUACUGAGGUUAUGGAGGCAUUGGAAGGGAUUGAGCCCGGGAUUACGAAUAAUAUAUAGGAAUGUGGAAAUUAUUUUAUGUAUUUUUAACUUAUAUACUAUGCCAUCCAUAUACAUAUAUACAUAUACAAUAUC